AGAAGAGUAGCUUACGUCACUGCUAAUACGUAGUUGUAGUUGUGCGCAUGCGUGCAAGAGUAGUGGGUAGCUGCGAUCCAGCUAGGUAACCUACAGUCAGUCCCACCGUGUUUUCGUCCAUAUUUAAAUACAAAACAAGAAAUAAGGAGCAUCGUCAUCGUGUAGCUUUCAUUACCAUAAAUCCUAGCAUGGCGUUAAAUGUCUCUUCACGGCUAACGAGGAGUAUUGUCCGUGUUUUAGCGAGCAGAAGUGUCAAUCCUGUUACAAGACGACUGGCAACUACUUCAUGCAGGACAUAUUUGCGUUGCUUACAGCACAUCCGUGUCAUUCGUUAUGAUGGUACUUCAUUACGAAGUUUCAGCUCUUCAAGUCAGCCUUCAGUAGAUGUGUCCAACGAGCAGCUGAAGAAACUGCUGCUGUCCGAAUCCAGUGUAGUUAUAGACGUCCGUGAGCCGUGGGAACUCAGGGAAUACGGGAACAUACCGGGGUCAAUUAACGUGCCAUUGGGCCAGGUGAACUCCGCUCUCCAGCUCAAGCCUGAUGAAUUCAAGGAGAAAUACGGAGGAGACAUGCCAUCACACUCUCAAAAUAUAGUGUUCUCCUGCCUAGCGGGUGUAAGAAGCAAAACAGCCCUGGAAACUGCAGUGUCUUUAGGAUACACCAAGGUUCAGCAUUAUCCAGGCGGAUGGCAAGAAUGGGCAGAACGUCAAUUAAUAAAAACCAAAGAGUGAUUGUCACGCUGUAGUCAUGUUAACACUGUGAUAGUAGUUUUAUUGACUUGUACUGCAGUCUGAAUUAUACCAUUGACACUGAGUCAAAGUGUGCCACUAAGACUGAAUCGUUUAACGGUAUUGAAUGGAAAUAAAAGAAUGGUGUGAUUAUAUUUUAAGCCUGCAAAAAUGCACUGUUACAUGAUGUGAGCAGUGCACAUUCUACGCUGAUAUUUUAUUUGAUGUAGUCAGUUUGAAUGGGAAGUGCAGUGGCCUACAGUGUGUAUGUUACAACUUUUGUUCAAAGGGCUCUUGGCUGUUUGCCUAGUUAAACCUAAAUAUUUUGAGCAGGCAAUCCAAAUAUCGGGAAAAAUGUGUAUACAUUUUAUCCAGUGAUUUAUGAAGUCAACAUAGCACUGUAUAAAAUUAACUGGAGAGUUAUGUUUUUGUAUUCUUGAAAAUAAAACUUGA